AGGUUGAUUCAGCCUUCCAUCCUUCCCAGCCACAGGGGUGCUGAAGUAGCUGAAAUGAGAAAAAGGCAACAGUCCCAAAAUGAAGGAACAUCGGCUGUGUCUCAAGCUCCUGGAAACCAAAGAGCCAACAACACGUGUUGCUUCUGCUGGUGCUGUUGUUGCAGCUGUUCAUGCCUCACUGUUAGGAAUGAAGACAGAGGGGACAGCACAGGAAGACCGACACACACUAGCAAACUGGAGAGCAUCCAGGUCAUUGAAGAGGGCCAAAAUCCUACUGCUGAUGAAAUUCUAUCUUGGGCUCAGAAUUUUGACAAGAUGAUGAAAACACCAGCCGGUAGGAAUAUUUUCAGAGAAUUUCUUCGAACAGAGUACAGCGAAGAGAACCUCCUAUUCUGGUUAGCAUGUGAAGACCUGAAAAAAGAACAGAACAAGGACGCUAUUGAAGAAAAAGCCAGACUUAUAUAUGAAGACUACAUCUCUAUACUAUCGCCAAAAGAGGUUAGCUUAGAUUCACGGGUACGAGAAGUGAUCAACAGAAAUUUGUUGGACCCCAACUGUCAUAUGUAUGAAGAUGCUCAACUUCAAAUCUACACCUUAAUGCACAGAGACUCUUUCCCUAGGUUUUUGAACUCUCAGAUCUAUAAAUCUCUUCUCGAAAGUACAAGGAGCUCUACUUCUGAGACUUAAAAAUGAUUUGGGGAUUUGAAAUCUUGAUUUAGCUUUUGGGGAAUGGGUGGGGUAAGGACUAUUAAGAUGAAGACAGACGUAAAAAUUUUUAAAGCAACAGGCUGCUCUGGAAGCACCUUCACUGCAUUUAGUCCAAAAUGUACCCUUCCACUCCAGAGUCAAGCUCUGGAAAAUCCGGUCCUGCCUCUUGGAGCAGGAGCCGGCUAUGCAUGGUGCUGAUUUGUGAAGCCCCACCCCCACGAUGUCACCAAGAAACCUCCCCUGCCAUAGCUGGAACAAUUUUGCACUUUAAGAAGAGUUUCCUUUGUAAAUGAAGAAGGCAGGAAAUAAACAGAUUAAAUGGCCUAAUGUCCAUCUGUCCUUUUGUUUUGGGUGGACAGGGGUAGGUAGGGAAAGAGACAAGACUGGAAAGCGUGCCAGUUUUUCAAUUCAUUGUUCUUCACGGCUGCCAUUUCAGGUGCUGAUUCUGAUGGGAAGAUGGGUUCAACCAGAGCUAAGGGGUGAACUGAAAGCUCUCUUUUUAUAUUACAUCUGUCUUCACCUUAGUAGUUCAAUAACACCUGGAACUGAGUUCCUGGAGAACUACAGUUUGGCACGACUCUGGCUACUGUGAAUCAAACAAAAUACAUACAAAGGUCUUCGUCUACAUUUAUCAAGGUCUAUCAUUCUUGAUUUUUGGAAGGGAGGGAAAGUAGAUUUGCCAAAUCACACUUAUUCAAAUACUUUUACACCUGCAGUUAAGAUUACAAUGAUGUUCUUGUCGUUUUAAUGGAGAGUUUCCUUGUGUAUCCUCACACUGCAUGUGCAAAGCAAAACUGCUUCACUUUAUCACUUAGUUGUUGCAAUAUUUAAUCCAACAACAUAAAUUAUAUCUAUAUUUAAGAACAUUGUGUGCAAUAUGGUCUUAUGGUACACACGUAGGGAUUAUUGGAGUGAACCAGAAAACAAUCUGACUUGGAUUUAGCAAUGUUAUUCCCCAUGUUCUGUGGAGAAAAAUCCAUUGCUAUAUAAGACAGACAACAUUUCUAUGUAAGAAAAAGAGCAAGAAGUGAAUGUUAUUUAUCAUCAUUUAUUUAAAAUUCAAAACAGAGGAUUCCUCUGGUUAUUGACUGCCAGAAUUGUGGUACUUUCAUUACAGAAAUGUCAAAACUAACAACAAACAUCAAAGCACAAGCUACAUGAAAAAAAAUCAAAUGGAGAGACAGAGUCUAUAAGCUGACAUUGUUUAUAAUUGUUAUAAAAACAGAUAAUCAAUGUACAUUUCAGAUGUCAGAUACUGUAAUGGAUUUAUUAAAGACUGGCUAUCCAGUUAUCUAAAAUUGUUGUGUAAUGUUAUGUAAUUCACAAAAGGAAAGAAACAAGACAAAAAAAAUCUUCCAUUCACAGAAUCAAGUCUAGAAAAAUUUAUGGUUUUAAUUUAAAAGAUAAUUUUUUUAAAAAAAAAUGCAUAAAUGUAGCAUUUUGGUCAGCAUUGGAGACUAGCAUUUGUCUAUAUAUUUGCUUUUCUUAAAAGUUCUGUCCUAUGAAAAGGAAAAUUUAUAUUUUUAAA